AUUUAGUGAAAAUAUGGAAGGAAUACAGCAAACUAUGGAGGAGAAGGAACAGCAGAUAUGGGCUCAAGAGAAAACUCUUGUUAAACAAGUCAUGUAUCAAUGACUUAGAUACACCUUUAGGCAUCCUUCACAAUUGAAGAUGAUCAUAUACUUUAGCUUUAGAGAGUGAGAUAGAGAUAAGAUGAUCCAAGAGUUUACAAAGUUCAGAUUUUGAGAAUUUCCCUAUAAAAAUGGAUUCUUCUUUUACGACCUCUUACUCAAAGAUACUAGGAAAGUUGAGAAGUUUCUUUCAAAGUACUCUCAAGAAGAUAUGCAGACUUUUCAUAUUUUUUCAGAAAAAUGAACUAUUCUUUUCAAGCCUUUCUCCAGAUGAAUUUUAAGAAGUUUGUGUAAAAUCCAGACAGAGAUUUCUAUUAAUAGCUUUUCUCUAACUAAAUCUAAUUUCAGAGGUAUCUUUGAGCAAGGCCAUUCUUGCAAAGAAAUAGGUUUUAGUUCUUGAAAAUUUUAAUAUUAAUAAAGUCUUUGAAUCUAACUCAAAUGAAUUAAAGUUCAGCAAAGAAAUAAAAUACAGUACAGAAUCAAUAACAUUCCAAUAUUGAGGCAAUGUUAAUACCAACAAUUGGAGUGAUCAUCCACACCAAGUCAUUACUAUCCUCUCUGCAAUAAGCAGCUGCUCCUUAAUCCACUCACUUAAAUCCCUCUCCUUAACCAAAAGCUGCAUCUCAGACGACACUCUUUCCGCCCUAAUAUCAAAAUCCAAUCUAACUCACCUAAAAUUUCUUCAAAACACCGAAUAACCAAAUUUCAACCUGAC